UCGAGAAUCCCUUUGACCAAGAAAUAUUCAAGCCUCCCACGACCUGGCCGCCUUCCGGGAACCUAACUUACUCCAUGUUCCCGCUACACGACUCGGACCCGUCUCUCGAGCCCUACGACUUGAGGGUGACCUUGGUGUGGGCGCCUUACGCCUCCUUCACCUCGCCCCCGACUCAGACUUAUCGCCUCAAGGUCACCAAGUUCGAGGAAUGGCUGGAGCAGGAGGUCGUUCCUGACGUCGUGGUGCUGGGGCUCGGGACAUGGUUCUUGUACCAGAAGCAAGUUAUGGACGAACUGUCUCCAUACACAGAGGCCGAGAUUCUCCUGCGGCCCGUGGUGAGGCCUCUAACCCGCCUGGCUGAACGAACGCGCGUCCUCUGGUGGCAUCAGAGCCGGUACAGGUGGUUCAACUUGGAAGGCGGAGGAGGCAUCCCUUGGAAGGAAGUGCUGAGUCACAACCAGUUUCGAGACAGCAUUCCCUUCAUGGAUGCCUGGCUCUGGUUGGCUGUCUUCAGAAACACGGGGAUGUGGCAGUGGGACUCGACGGUUCCGUUCAACUUAGCCAACUACAAGGAAUGCUACGAACUCUGGAACUUGGGCCUCAAUACGAACGAGAUCUACACAAGUAAGUGGUGGCAUUGCAAUGAUGAUCACCACUCAUCUUACGAGACGAACGAUGUGGAGAUCCAGAUGCUGCUCAACCUCCUCUGCAACCCGUAUAUUGCAAGACAUGAGGACUACUGCUGUUCCGAAGGGUGA